AAAAACUAUCCAUCAAUUCCUAUUUAAUGGGUUACGUUACAAACUAAAACUGUGAGUUUCUUCUAUGUGCUUCUUGAGUCACAAUCUUUUACUGCACAAAAAAGUGGAAUGCACUGUUUAAUCUGAAACGGAAGUCAGCUUCUUUGUUUCCCAUUAAACGCAAAACUAAAUGAAAAGCACAUGACUUUGCUUAAGUCUUUAUUGCGUGAAACUGCAGUUGGUUCACUAAAUUCUUGAAACGAUAAAAGCAACUAGAUUAACAUAUUUAGCUGGAUCUCUUCCAGUAUAUUAGCUGAGAACAACUGAUUUAUUAUUUUGGAUUAUUUUGCAUAUAAGACUGCAUACUGACACAGCCUCCUUUACCGCACAGAAAGUGCUUUCGAGGCUGUCACUUUUUGUAGUACUAUCAUUUCAGUCUGUUGAAAAUAUUCUAUAGCUUUUCUCUGGCCAUUUGGAAUUAAUACACAGAAAACUAUCCAGAAAACAGUCAUAAAGGAGAGCUCAGUCAGCAAAAACGUCACAAAGAAAUUAUUCUCCUUAGUCUUUCCAGCCCAAUACAAGCCUGAUCUCUUGAAAUGAAGACUUUGCAGAAGUUUUUUCUCUUCUUCUAUUUUGUUAUGCCCUUGGUGAAGUUAGCACCACCUCAUCAACAAAACAUAGCCCCAUUUUAUGAUCUUGGUUUGGCCAAUGCUGAAGAUGCACUAUUCAAGCAAAGUUACGAAGACAUAUUAUUUAAAGAAGAUUAUGAGGACAAACCACAGGAUGCAGUAAAAUAUAAGGAAAACAACGGUAUAAUCAUUUUCAAUGAAAAUGUAGCACAAAUGCAGAAAGAUGAAGAGGGACCAGGAGAGGGCUCAACAAAUUAUACAGAUUUGGCUACUUGUCUGCUGUGUGUUUGUUUAAGUGGUUCAGUAUACUGUGAAGAAACAGACAUUGAAAGUGUCCCACCUCUGCCAAAGGAAACAGGUUAUCUUUAUGCACGUUUCAAUAAAAUCAAGAAGGUGAAAGUGUCUGAUUUUGCUGAUAUUCCCAGCCUAAGAAGAAUUGAUUUGACUGGAAAUAGGAUUCAAGAAAUUGAAGACGGGGCUUUUGCAAAGCUCCUAUUAUUAGAAGAACUUUCACUUGCAGAUAAUGGAAUUGUCAAGCUUCCAGUUUUGCCUCCCAAGCUUACUACAUUGAAUGCAAACAACAACAAAAUUAAGAGCAGAGGAAUUAAAGCAAAUGCUUUUAAGAAGCUGACCAAUCUGUCCUAUCUCUACCUAGCACAUAAUGCACUGGAGGCUGUUCCACCCAACUUGCCAGAGAGCCUGCGUAUUCUGCAUCUUCAGUACAACAACGUUACCAGCAUCACAGAUGAAACGUUCUGCAAAGGCAACAAUCAGACCCGCUAUGUUCGUCAGCGUAUGGAUGAAAUAAGAAUGGAAGGCAACCCAGUCAUCUUGGGAAAGUACCCCAAUGCUUUUAUGUGCUUGAGAAUGUUGCCUGUAGGUACAUAUUUUUAAUUGCUAACAAAACUGAACAAGGUAAAAAGUAGGUAAAGAUUACCAUUAUAUCACUGUUUAAACAUGUCUUUCCACGUUAAUAUCUUUCCACAUAUAUUCAAAACUUUUAGGAGUUUAAUGUAUUUAGUUCUACCUUAAUUUGAUGAAAGUGAAUUAAUAAGCCAUUCUGACUUACUAAGCAUGAGUCUUUUUCAGAUUCAAACAUGAAACCAGUACAAGAUUUUUAUUCAAAAGGAGCCAGUCCGUUUUCAAAUGAAUAAAGACAACUUUUGUUUAUUUCAGCACUUAAAAGUUAAAUCAUAAAAGGGAAUCAAUUGGUAGGGUGACUACAUUCUACAGGGCCGCCAUGUGAUCUGUCAGGUUUUAGGAAGCAAAUUGUGCACAAUGUGAAAUCAAUGGAACAAAAUAUGAAGCAGGAGAACAAAUGGAACAAAAUAUGAAGCAGGCUAUUUAUAGCCUUUCACUAUUUAUAGUGGAAAGUAGCUUACCACAUUGUAGGAACUGUGGAAAGGAUGGACAAGACUGGGCCUAUAACUCUGGAAGGCACAGUUAUGUCAGGCAUGAGAUGGUAUAUGACUGUGAAGGGGGUUAUAUAAGAACCAGUACAGAAUAGCAGUAAUGUGGAGAUGUUUGUUGUUGUUGUUGCUAACUACCUUCAAGUCGACUUAGUAUAUGAACUAGGCAGGCCUACACAGAUUAUUCUCUCUUGGUGAGACAAAAGAUAUUCUUGGUUCCAGGGGCUUAAUUGUUAUCCAUCCUGCUCUAAUUAACAAAGACUGUUUAUUAUACUUGCAAAUAAAUAUAAAGGAGGAUAACAAUGACAGUAUAUGCAACCAAAGAAUGAUGUGCUUUAAAUCUGAUUUGGUACUGUAACUACUGUUAUAAAGCUACCCAACAAAUACUGUACAAAGAAACACAAAGUAUUCCAAAUUGAUAAUUUUCUAAUACACUAAAGGGAUAUCAUUAAAGUGAAUUAAAAUGAUUAGAAGUGUUUGUGCUAGUGACUGAAAAGAAAUAAGCAACUUGUCUUAGCUGUGAGAAAGUCUUAGCUUAAAUAAUUAAGAAAUAUAGCACCCGACAACAAUACAGUACUGUAUUAAGCAGACUGAAAAAGUCAGGAACUUUUGUCAAAGUUUUGCACACAGCUUGACACCUAUUCAGAUGGUUUAGGUCAAAGAUUAACUGUCUUGUAACAGACGGCUGGACAUGUUACUCCACUGGGUCUUUUGCAAAUUCUAUAAUACUAUAAUAACAAACAGGUAGACAUAAAUUUAUAAUUGUAAUUAUGCAUUUUUCUUAUACAAAUGCUCCAGAGGUUUCUGCGAACUAUUAAAUAUUAAAAUGAGGAACUGGUGAAUAAAAACAGGCAGAUUGUGAACUCAGAGAAGAUCAGAGUUUCCGCUUCAGGCUUCUUCAUAAGCACCUGCAAAUUCUGAUUUAUACUCACUCUCACUGUUUCCAUAUUUUUGGUUAACACAGAUAUAGUCUUUUCUGAUUUAAUUAUUCACUGGCAUUGAAGACUAUUUUACUGCUAUCAAACUCUGCUGUUAUUUUAACAAUAUUGUGUAUCAGACCUCAGUUACAUGGUGAAUUUAUAUGAUGUGAAACAUUUAGAGAGUUCUGUUUGGUUUUAGUUUGCACGUGUUUUCUAUUGUUUAGAACUCUUAUGCGUCUAAUAAAACAAAUCACCAAAAA